AUGGAAAACCGCGAAGAAAAACAAAACAACGAUAUUGUGGAGGGUAAAAUAACAACAUUUGCAUCACCAACUGUUUUGGCUGCCAUAUUGGAUGAACAAAUCUUGGGCGAAGGUGCUGUGCCAAGUAAAGUCGAUCACAACGACGAACGGCAGAAUUCAGGGAUGGUGGCCGACAGCUUGGAUGUUUCUUUAAACGAUUCUCUGGACUCGACGAAAUUGCAAGAAAGCGGAGAAGUAAUUGGCGAUGUUGUUGAUACCGAGGAGUUAAUUGGAAAGGAUCAUACAGUCUCACCUUUGGGAUUUCCCGAAAGAGUUGUUGAUUAUCCGAAGAGUUCAACGCCGGCACAAAAUGAAAAUCCUGUUGAUGAAAAGAGUAAAAAUGCCGAGAAAGCACCUAAACCACGUCGACCACAGCACAUCAUCGAAAGAAACAAGGAACAAGUUGGUAAGCGAGCAUCGCAGAGGGCUAGUUAUGCUCAAAUGCAUGCAAUCAAGACAAGAAAUAAACUCAGUAAAGAUAAGGAAAAGAAAGCCAAUGUUGAAGGAGACCAGAAUUUGGAUAAUACACCAGGUUUUAACUCAGAGAGUAAGCUGGAUAGUGUAGAACGGAAUUUUAAUCAGAAUCCCAAUUUUCCAAGUGAUCAUGUGGAUCAAAUUCCCCAUGGUGACACUAUGAGCAACUCAAGCGUUGAUUUACAACAAAAUGAAAGCUAUUUGCUAGAAAACAGUUAUUCAAAUGGUACACAUGAUAUUUUUCAAAAUCAUGGACCGUAUUACGAUGUCAGUCAAAAUUCCAGACUUCAUGAUAGCACUCACCAGUCGAGUUAUUUUGACCAAACUGGAACUUACGGUAGAGGUUAUGGAAGUGCAAUGGGGUAUUUAAGUCAGAAGCCUGUUCCACCAUUGUACCAUCAGAGUUUAUCAACCCAGUCAGCACCUCCAGGAGUUUAUGGUUAUGAAUGCAAACCAUUAAGUAACAGUUUACAUACUUCAAAUUUCAGUGAAGAAGGUUAUUAUCAGUCAACAGUUUUACCACUCAAUGAGUCCGAUAAAGGGUUUAAAAUACCAGAAUCCAGUCUCCAUAGAAAGUUUUCCUCAGAUCCAUAUUUAGCUCAAUCAAGAUCUACGUCAUUGCAGAAUAUAGCAAAUGUUGGUAGAAACAGCAAGGCGUCUGGAAGCUACUCUAAUUUACGGCAGCCUUUUGAAUACAAACCAUAUACUUUAAAGGACUACCAGAACCUUGCUGGUUCAAAGACCAAGCCAUUGGCUGGGGGCUUGGGACCAAAUAUUGACACUGAUGAUUUCAAGGAAAAGGUAAAGGCCUUGAAUUGCUGGUCAACCAUUUCAAAGCUUUCUCCAAUCCAGGAAUAGCUAUUAGGAAAAGCUUACUACGGCAAUCCUUUUUAAUAGUCAAGCAGGCUUUUUCACUUGACUGCUCCUUCAAAGUUACCCCAUGUCUUUAAUUUUCAGAGCAAUUAGAGCCGAUUAUAAGGUCUUUUUCAGCUGGUGCAUUUAGCUGGCAUUCAGCUCCUAGUGACAUCCCUGAUUAUGACCAAACUGUAGUUAUGAGACAUAAUCAAACAGUUAACUCUGCUUCCUAAUGAAAAAGUAAUGUCAAUAACUAAAGAAAAAUAACAUUUGAAAUGCUAUGAAGAGCAAACUCAGAAUUGAUGUAGAUGAUAAGAUUCAUGUUAAGUUAAAUCUUUGAGAAAGUCAGCAGUUUUGGCAAGACAUUGAAUUGAUGGCAAGAUCCCUUGGUUGAAUUUUCAAGAUUGUUUUUAGCAGUAGCAUGAGAAAGAAAUCUGGACUCUGGAACCAGGCAUAGAUGAAAAUAAUACCGACCUUGUGUUAAGUUAUUACACCACCAUAAAGUGUUAUUAAAAACUUGGGAAUUUAUUAUGACAGAUGUGAACUUCUAAAGAGGUAAGAAGGGCAUUAGCCAUUUAAACAAUAACCAAAGGAUGUUAAUAGUCAGCCAUGCAUAUCUCUUUGAUCUUCUGCAGACAAUGCCUUUUGCAAGCUAAGCUGUAGCGUAGUUCUCAGAGUGACCUGAGAAUCAGACUAGUGAAGCUACAGCCUGUGGGCUAUAUCCGCAGUUACUAAUAAUAAUUAUGUUCUUCAUUACUUUGUAGAUGAAGAAAAUAAAUAAACAAAGAGAGUAUGCUACAAUGUUGAGAGCUCAGCAUUCAGCAUCAAGAAAGCAGUGGGGAAGGAAAGGAGCUGCUUCUGCCCCAGUUAAGGCAAAUCAUGUGAUUGAGGCAGAGAAGAAGAGGGAGGCAGUAAGUAUAACAAGAGAGCAAGUGACAAUUCAUGCUAAAGCAAGUUUAUAUUAUUAAAAACAUAAUGUCUUGUCCCUAGGGGAACAUUAAAUGCCCCAAGGAAAAAAUAGCCUGUGCAGCUGGCGGUAUUGUGUGAUGAAAGUUUUGGUGGCGGAGCCGCAAUCCAAAAAAGGGAGUAGGGAGGAGGCGUAUUUCUCACGGCUUCGCCGCUGCCAAAUCUCACUCGACUGGUACAGCAGCUCUGCCGCCAAGUCUCACUGGACUAGUACACAAUACUGCCAGCUACGCAGGCUGAGGAAAAAAUUGCAAUUUGAUAAUAUUCAAAUUAACUCAGUAAAUGUUACCCUCUGUCAUCUUAGAGUUUGCAGCAUUACCCACUCCAAGACUGUUUUGGGGGGUUGGGGGUGGGAUGGGAAAAGUGUUGUUUCAGUCAGACUUUGAAAGGGCCCAAUGAAAGUGCCUGCUGUUGGGGAAAAUAUUCCAGGUACUAGUAUAUGAAAAAAUUUAUCAUCUUAUUGGAGAGUAAAGUGGUGAAAGUCAAUUUUAAUAUUUUAAUGCUGGUUAUUCGGAUCAAUUGAGGUUUCUGAGUUACUGACCACCUACCCCUCCCUUAAGUAACAAUUUUGCCCCAAGUGAGAAGUAAGUGUUAAUGUUGACUUUCGAGAGGGGUAGGUGGUCAAAUACCCAGAAACUUCAAUUAAUCUCGGAGCCUGGAACAGGCUACUGAUAACCCUGCGAUAGGAUAGAAACCUGUCCAGGUCGGGGCCAGUGGUCAUUUCAUUCCUUGGGAAGGGGAAUAAGCUAUGGUCUGAUGGUCUACUUAACUCAAAUGCAUGCUCUACAUGUACUUUUAGUGUCAGCCUACCUUUCUUCAGUUGUUUUCUGGGACUUCCUCUAAGUGAGGCACUUAUGGUCUUCCUAAGGAGCCCGCUGUAAUUUUAAUUGUCUGUUUGCUUGUUUUGUAAUCUGAUUGAUUUGAGGGGAAGAGAAGCUGUUUUGUACUUUAAUGAAAAUAACUUAAGUAGUAGUUGCUGCUAGCUAAAACUGACACUAAUGAUUAUUGGUUUAAUAUAAUUUAUUCUUGUUUACUUUAUUCUAUAGGCUUUAAACUAUGCCAAGAAUGUCCCCAAACCAAAGCAAAUGAGUAGUAAGAAGCGAACUGGGUCUGCGGGACACAAAGAGGAGAAAGGGGGCGAUGAGGAACAAGAGAUAACUGUGCUGGAGAUUUUAAGAAUGAGACAUGAACAGGAGAAAAAAGAAGUUGACAUUAUAAGAAAAGAACUGGCAUCAAAGAUAAGGUUGUAAUUUGUUUGACACAUGCGCAAGAUGUUGUGUUAAUGAUGACUGUAUGCUUGCUUGUCUAGAGACUUGUGAUCUAUCUAGGACAAAUUACGGAAGGACCAUAUGGUCAUAAAAUCUGUUAGUGCUUAAAUAAUUAUGAGCAAACAGAUAGGUGACCUAUCUGGAUGAACUGCCUACUUAGUUUGUUAUAAAAGUAGAUCUAUCUCCCGGUCAACUGUUUGUUUGAAUAUACACAGACAAAUGUACUUACAAAAUAUGAGUUAAUUUUGUUUAUUUACAUUCACAUAUAUUAUCCUGCAAUAUCUAUAACAGACAUGUUCGCAAGCUAUUCCAUUAACAAACUAACAGUGCAGUGGACUUCACUCCCUAAUUAUGUUAGAUGCAUUAACUGACAGACAAAUAUCCAGCUUGGUUUGUCCCAGAC